AAACUAAUAAGGAGGAAGUUGGACAUUGAAAGAGAUAUGCUGAUUGGAGAAUCUGAAAUAGCUUGAAUAAAAGCCCACUUGUGAUUCGUCGUAAGUACACGGAAGCCCGUGUGGGUUGGAGCAGGCCAGACUCAGGGCUUUUGAGUUCGAGUGAAGAUCAGGAAAUGGCUGAGGUUUUACCCACUACCAGCACCACUUAAGCCACGGUAUCCCCUUCUCCGAGUCUACAUUUGUUCUGGGCAGGCCGGAAGUUUCCUCCCUUUUGUGACUAAGAACUGGACAGCAGAGUGGAGAUUUCUGCCUGAACACCAGGAGCAGGUGCAGUCAGGCCCAGCCACGGCGUGGGCUGGUGCCACCCCUCCCUCCCAUCCCCGAUGGCUGGCACAGUGCUGGGAGUGGGUGCCGGCGUGUUCAUCCUAGCCUUGCUCUGGGUGCUGGUGCUGCUGCUGUGUGCGCUGUUAUCCAGAGCCUCCGGGAUAGCUAGGUUCUCCAUCAUUUUUGUCUUCCUUGGUGCUCUGGUCAUCACAUCAGUUCUAUUGCUUUUCCCCCGAGCCACUGAACUCCCAGCCCCAGAAGUUGAAAUGAAGAUUGUGGAUACCUUUUUCAUCGGCCGCUAUGUGCUGCUUACUCUGCUCAGUGUCAUCUUUCUUGGAGGCCUCUCCUUGGUUCUAACCCACCAUGUGCUGGAGCCAAUCUAUGCCAAACCACUGCGGUCCUGAUGAUCAUUUCUGAGGAAACCAAGACUCUUCUCCUGUCCUUCUUUUUGAUGUCAUCCUGAGGAAAAAGGGGCAGUUUUCACAUCUUCUGACCAGAGGAAUAUCCACUUACCACU